AAUAUCAACCACCAUUCGCUUAUCGCAACUUCGGACCCUACAAUCCACGUUCUCCUUCGUCGUUGUCAUCGUCGCUGUUUGGUCAGCAUCUUCCCACGAUGCAGGCUAACAAUCAGCAGCCCCAACCGGGCCAGGUAAACAUGAACCAGCUCGUCAGGGCUCAGCAUAUCCAGCAACUUCCGAACCUUUCGACGCAGCAAAAGGCGUCAUUGGUACAAGCUGUCUCUCAGUGCUCAGCAGUUGUUCAGAAUUCUACUCCUGGAAGUCCUGAGCACAAUAGGGCGUUGUUGCAAUGGCAGAGCAUUACGCAGAAGUACAUCCAGGCUCGUAACGUCGCGAGUCGAAACGCAAGUCAGGCAGCAAAUGCGGCGAGCGCCGGACAGAGCUCGCAGACGGGACAGGUGAAUUUGCAAGGACAGAACGUGCCACAGCAAAAUCAGAACGUAAACCAGGCGAAUCAAGGACAACAAGGCAGUGGUCAAGCAGGAGCAUCCGCGCAGGGCGCUCAGGCCCAGAACCAACCUCAGAUCCCCAAACAGAUUAUGGACUUUGUGAACAACUACACGUACUACCAUCCGUCCGGCAUCGGGCCCGGUCAUCCUAAAUACGAGGAGUACAGACAAGAUGUCAAGGUCAAGCACGCAAAGAUUCUCUUCGACAACGAACGCAACAAGAACGAGCUCAAAAAGAUACGCGGGCGCAUCGAGCAGCUUAGACAGGCAGGCCAAGAAGUGCCUGCUCAAUUGGAAGAGAUGCGACAGCAGGUAGAGACGAAGACGAAUGAGUUGGGACAGCAACUGCAGAAAUGGAUGCACAGUCAAAAAGCCUCGAAGGAGAAGUACGAGCAAGCGCGACAGGCAGGCAGCGUUGCAGGGCAGCAAGGCCAACCGAGUGACGGAAGCGCUCUUGCAAGUGGUACAAAUAGGCAGAUGAACAUGCCCGGCGGAAAUGCACAGGGUAACCAAGCCUCUCCAGUCACUGGACCACAGCAAGUCACAAACAACAAUAAUCGCGGCCCCAUCAGUCCCGGCGUACCGAAUACACAAGCACAGAACAUGAACGCGCAACCAACCAACAACAAUUUCGUAUCGCAGCCUUCGGGUGCUGGACAGGCGAAUAACAACCAGUCUGCACCGCAACAGACGCCACAGUCAGCUGGCCCGCAGGUUCAGAGACCUGGUAUCAGCAAUCAACAACCACCGAUGUCAGGCAUGCAGCAAAUGCCGCAGAAUGGUCAACAGUCCGGCCAGCCCACACCGUUAUCCCACCAGCAAGCGUUGCAACGGGCAUAUUCCGGAGGGACGCCACAAGCUGUUGGAGCAGCAAGCAGUCAGCCGCCGCACGCUGCACCGCACCAGCAACCUUACGUUGGAGGUCAAGUUCCUCCUCGUGAAACAAGCACCACGUCUACGUCCACAAUGAAUCCGAGUGCAAAGAUGAUGACACCUAAGGUAAUAUCGCCGAGUUUGUCAGCGCCACCUGUUCCUGUGCAGAAUUUUCCGCAAGCGCGUCCAACGAUGGCGGGUCCAGGGAAUGGUGUCGGCGGAGUUCUUGGUACCCCAGCUAUUGUGAAGCAAAGCUUCAAUAUGGAGAGCACGGAGAAUGGCGGCGUGCUGUCGAAAAAGAAAUUGGACGAGUUGGUUCGGCAAGUCACUGGCGGUGGGGAAGGAAUGGGUGGGGAGAUGUUGACGCCAGAAGUCGAAGAGGCUGUUCUAAUGAUGGCCGACGAGUUCGUUGAUAACGUCAUCACCGCCGCGUGCAAACUCGCUAAGCUACGUGACUCGUCUACUCUUGACGUCCGCGACAUUCAACUUAUCCUCGAACGCAACUACAACAUCCGUAUCCCAGGCUACGCAUCGGAUGAGCUUCGUGCAAUACGGAAGUUCGCUCCUGCACCUGGCUGGACGGCUAAGAUGAAUGCAAUUCAAGCAGCGAAAGUUAUGGGUGGCAAGAGCGAGAUAUAACAUUUUUAUGUCGCUAAUUCUGCUCUUUUUUUUGCCAAGCAAGGGCGAUAUCUCGCGUUACCGUCCUUCACCACCUUCAGUGGCCUCCACGUUCGAUGAAGUGUGGUGUCUCGCCGAGGACGGAACAUUUGAUUGUGCUGCGAACACCCUACGUUAAAAGCCUUACCAGCCGUAAAGCGUACAGUCGAACAAAGUAGGUUUCCACGCAAAAUAUGUGCACAUAAAGUCCUCAACUUAGUUGCAGUAUCCUCUUAAGCGAAGUCUGCUGUUACCUAGUGUUCAGCGAGUUUUACCUUUGGCAUUACCGUCAAGCUCUUUAUUAUAACCGCCUUCAGACUGUGGAGGAGACAGGGAAGUUUACGAAUCAGCGUUUAUGCUGCAGAGCCAAGGAGAUGGAAAGCAGUGAAGCAAAACGAAUGAUGAUGGAAUGUUGUGAUUGACUACUUGCUGCUCAAGACAAUCACCUGGCGCGCAAUCGGGCUAGACGACAAAGUCAUAGCGAAGAAAAAAAAAGAGAGAUUAAGGAAUGAAUUAUAACGUUGGCUUGUGUAUUCUCCUUGUGAUACCAAAAAACAACGACUUUCUCUUGACUCGAUUUUCUUUUGAAUGAAACCUUAGACAAUUAUUUCUCGAGGAGCACACUGUACAAAGCUCCUUAUCU